CAUCUUUUGAUACAAUGUUACCAUUAAUAGUGUUUAGUCUUUUGAUGACGACAUCCCUGUCCAUCAGGAGCGGCGGUGAGUCGUUAUUCGCACCGUUCGGCGCCUUCCUUCAGGGCGAGAAUCUGCGACCGAACCGAAUGUUGCGGACAAUGGCCGCCAAAAACACCUCUCAUUUGAGCGCUUUAUUCAAAAAAUCAUUGGAAGACAAACAGAGUUUACAUGAAAUGUAUAAAGAGUUUAAGACAAAGUUCCACAAGACUUAUGCGGAUAAGUCAGAGGACGGGGAAAGGGAGCAGAUCUUCAAGAAGAAUAUGUUGCGAGUGUUUGAGCACAACGUGGACGCCAUGAACGGCAAGUCCUCAUACACGGCACACAUCAACCAAUUCGCGGAC